AUGUAUAUAUUAUAAAAGACAAAUCGAUCUCAGAACCGGAACUUAAAGGCGACGAACGACGCAGCGGUAAUGUAUCGAACGGUGGUGAAUCGCAUCCUUCUUAGUGGCGGAGGACGUCGCCUCCUCCGACAACCUGAUCUUAGAACAGUCAUUAGUUCCUCUCGGUUUUCCACAACAACAGAAACUCAAACGAUCCCUAAUCGACCCCUUAACCCACCUGAUUCUUCGUCGUUAUCGUCUUCUUCGACGAGUUUCCAGACACCACCCGCGGCUGGGGAUGUUCCACGUCAUGAGAGAAAGAACCCGAGAGCCGAGUACGAAGGGGAGCAAGCUCGGGUUCUUCAAGCCUCACUACGACACGUCCUAAGGUUGGGAUGGAGUGAAAAAGCAAUGAUAGCAGGAGCAAAGGAAGUUGGGAUUUCUCCUUCCAUUGUUGGAUCUUUCCCCCGAAAAGAAGCUGCCCUUGUCGAGUUUUUCAUGGAUGACUGCUUACAAAGGCUUAUUGAUAGAAUUGACUCUGGUGAGGAAUUACAAAACUCGACUCCUAGCCAGUGCAUCUACAAGCUUGUAAGGAUUCGCCUUGAAAUGCAAGCACCCUAUAUAUCAAAAUGGCCUCAAGCUCUCAGCAUUCAAGCACAUCCAUUGAAUGUUUCUACAAGUUUUAAGCAGCGGGCAAUGCUGGUUGAUGAAAUCUGGCAUGCAGCUGGUGAUGAGACCUCCGAUUUAGAUUGGUAUGUGAAGCGCACUGUACUUGGGGGGAUAUACUCAACAACAGAGAUUUACAUGCUGACUGACAGCUCCCCAGAAUUCCGGGAUACAUGGCUGUUUUGGAUAAUCGGUGAAAGAUGCUUUUGAUUUGAAGAAGACAAUUCAGGAGGCAAAGUAUUUGGCAGAAGCUGUUGGUGCUGGAAUGGGGAGCUCUUUGCAGGGUUUUGUUGGUAAAGUGUUUCAGAGAUAAAAGCUCGAGUCAACACAGCUCUUUAUAGUUCUACUACUUGCUUCAGACUCGACACUAGUCUUGACGAGCUAUAAAAACUACUAGCUAUCAAGCUUAGUAUUUAUCACUUGGCACAAAAUGUCGAGUUUAGGUUUCAUAUCAAGUUUAGUGCGGGGCUUUAAUGCUUCAACCAAGUGCCUUGAUUCAUCUCCUUGGCAAUUGAUUGAACUGAAUUUGUAGAUGCAAGCACAGUUAUCAUUUGUUUGCAGGAUACUGUUGCUUUACAAUUUAUAUGAGACUAUAUUUACUUA